CGUGGCAGCGGCGGAGGUGCCGGAGCCGGUUCCGGGAGGCGGCGGUGGCCUCCGUGAGGGGCGGCGGGGCCCAAGUCGGUGCCCCGGCUCAGUCACAGUGUCCCUUUCCCAUUGACCCCCUCCUUCCACCACGGCCGCGCCGCCAAGGCUCCCGGGGCUUUCUAGGCGGGGCAGGGGACGGGGUGCGUCUCCUGCCGCGGCCGCCGGCCUGAUAAAUGCGGGACUUCGGGUUCGGGGUGCUGCACACUGCCCUGCUGCGCAGCGGCAGCCCCCGGUCCUCGCCCGGCGGCGGCGCCUACCGUCCCUUCGCCGCCGGGCCGCCCGCCACGCCCUUCGGCCCGCUGUCGCCGCCGCCGUUGCCUGUCACCGGCUUUUCCGAGGCCGCCUCCCCCUUCGCCAUCCCCUCGGGCGGCGGCGCGGCCAGCUCAGCCGCAGCUUCCUCUUCCUCCCCGCUCUUGGCGCAUCAGCAGGCCGUGCAGGAUGAGCUGCUGCUCGGGCUGACACAGCAGCCGACGAGGCCGCUCUCGGGGGCGGCGGCCGCGGAGCAGUUCCCCAGCCACCACCCCGGCGGCGGCACGAACGCGGGUGUGACCCACCUCCUCCCCUCCCAGGACUUCAAACCGAGUCUGCACCACCCCUCCUCCUCCUCCGCCUCCUCCUGCUGCUGCUGCCGCACCUCCUCCCCGCAGGACUUCAGUAAGCGGCAGCAGCAGCAGCUGAGCAGCCAGAAGAGGAAAGAGUUGAGCCCGCCACACCGUCCCCACCCUCCGGACACGAAGCAGCCGCCGCCGCCGCUCCACUGCCCCGGCCGCUUCAGCCCGCCGUCACCAACGCCGCCGCCGCCGCCGCCGCCCGGGCCGCUCCUGCAGUCGGCGCCGCUCGCCCAGCGCCCGCAGCCGUUCAGCCUCCCGCACACGCAGCACCUCCCGCCGCAGGACUUCGCCCCGCGGCAGCGCCCGGCCGAUCUGCCCCCGCUCCCGCAGCUCCCGCCCUCGCCGCCCGCAGCCCCGCGGCGCCGCCACGGAGGCGCGGGAAGCCCUCGCCAGACCCCGGCCGCAGGCGAGGGCAGCGCCGCCGAGCCCCCCAAUGCGGGGUUGCCCCCCUCGACGCCGCCGGUGAACCCCGCACCGGGCUCCAUGGAGUCGCCCAACCACCCUCUGCUCAACAGCCCCAGCACCCUCCUGCCCGGCGCGGCGCUGGGCACCAGCGCCUUCAGCAGCCUGCAGAGCCCGGACCUGCCGCACCCGGGAGGCGGCGGGGGCGGGGGACCCCCCGGAGGCGGAGGGGGAGGCGGCUCCGCGUCUCCGCCACCGCUGCCUGGCUUCGGCACCCCCUGGUCCGUGCAGACCGCGUCGCCGCCGCCACCCCAGCCUCCGACGGCGCCUCAGCAGCAGCCACCCCAGCAGCCGCCGCAGCCGCCCCAGCAGCCGCCGCAGUCACAGCCCCCGGGCUCCUCAGCCGCCACCCCGGGCGGCGGCGGCGGCGGCGGCGCGGGCGGCUCUCUGAGCGCCAUGCCGCCGCCCAGCCCGGACUCGGAGAACGGCUUCUACCCCGGGCUGCCGUCGUCCAUGAACCCGGCCUUCUUCCCGAGCUUCUCGCCCGUGUCGCCGCACGGCUGCGCGGGGCUCAGCGUCCCGGCCGGCGGCGGCGGUGGUGGCGGCGGCGGCUUCGGUGGCCCGUUCUCCGCGCCCGCGGUGCCCGCGCCGCCCGCCAUGAAUUUACCUCAACAGCAGCCGCCGCCGGCAGCGCCGCAGCAGCCGCAGAGCCGGAGGUCGCCCGUCAGCCCGCAGCUGCAGCAGCAGCACCAGGCGGCCGCAGCCGCCUUCCUGCAGCAGAGGAACUCGUACAACCACCACCAGCCUCUUCUGAAACAAUCUCCUUGGAGCAACCAUCAGAGCAGUGGCUGGGGCACUGCGAGCAUGUCGUGGGGAGCAGUGCAUGGCAGAGAUCAUCGCAGAAGUGGGAACAUGGGGAUUCCAGGGACUAUGAAUCAGAUAUCUCCACUGAAGAAACCAUUUUCUGGUAAUGUUAUAGCACCACCGAAAUUUACUCGCUCUACUCCAUCACUGACUCCAAAAUCUUGGAUUGAAGAUAAUGUGUUCAGGACAGACAACAAUAGUAACACACUCUUACCCUUACAGGUGAGAUCUAGUUUGCAGUUGCCAGCUUGGGGCUCAGAUUCACUCCAAGAUAGUUGGUGCACUGCAGCCGGAACAUCCAGAAUAGACCAGGAUCGAAGUAGAAUGUAUGAUAGCUUGAACAUGCACUCUCUGGAAAAUUCCCUUAUUGAUAUCAUGAGAGCAGAGCACGAUCCUCUCAAGGGUCGUCUGAGCUAUCCACAUCCAGGAACUGACAAUCUGUUGAUGUUAAAUGCAAGGAGUUAUGGGCGAAGACGAGGUCGAUCUUCCCUAUUUCCAAUAGAUGAUAGCUUGUUGGACGAUGGUCACAGUGAUCAAGUUGGUGUUUUAAAUUCACCUACAUGUUAUUCAGCUCAUCAAAAUGGAGAACGAAUAGAACGUUUCUCUCGAAAAGUUUUUGUUGGUGGACUUCCUCCAGAUAUUGAUGAAGAUGAGAUCACUGCAAGCUUCCGAAGAUUUGGACCUUUGGUAGUAGAUUGGCCCCAUAAAGCAGAAAGCAAAUCCUAUUUUCCACCAAAAGGCUACGCAUUCCUCCUCUUUCAAGAAGAGAGUUCGGUUCAGGCCCUCAUUGAUGCUUGCAUUGAAGAAGACGGGAAGCUCUACUUGUGUGUUUCUAGCCCUACUAUCAAGGACAAGCCUGUUCAAAUACGUCCUUGGAAUUUAAGUGAUAGUGACUUCGUCAUGGAUGGUUCUCAGCCUUUGGAUCCCCGAAAAACAAUUUUUGUUGGAGGUGUUCCUAGGCCAUUAAGGGCUGUGGAACUUGCUAUGAUCAUGGACCGGCUGUAUGGUGGUGUGUGUUACGCGGGAAUUGAUACAGAUCCAGAACUGAAAUACCCAAAAGGUGCUGGGCGAGUUGCUUUCUCCAAUCAGCAGAGCUAUAUUGCUGCCAUCAGUGCUCGAUUUGUUCAGCUUCAGCAUGGUGAUAUUGAUAAACGCGUGGAGGUAAAGCCAUAUGUGCUGGAUGACCAGAUGUGUGAUGAGUGCCAGGGCGCACGCUGUGGUGGAAAAUUUGCCCCCUUUUUUUGUGCCAAUGUCACUUGCCUGCAGUAUUACUGUGAGUUUUGUUGGGCAAAUAUCCACUCUCGUGCAGGACGCGAGUUCCAUAAGCCAUUGGUGAAGGAAGGUGCUGAUCGCCCGCGUCAGAUCCACUUCCGCUGGAACUAAGUAUAGCAAACUGGCCUCCGUCUAACAAGGAAAGAAAGGGUGCAUGUGGCUUACUGUGCUGAAGACACUGACAUGCAGAAGAAAUAAGUGCAUUCUUCUGCUUUCCACCCAGCUCUCGAUACAUGCAUCGUUAUCAGCAGCCAAAACACUACAAGCCUCUUGUUUUUUCACCAAAACCCUACAUCUCAGGCUUACUAAUUUUUGUGAUAUUUUCAUGUUAAAAUAAAAUGUUUUUUUGUAUUUCCUCCAAGUUAUUUUUAUAUGUAAAGUUAAAAUUAGAUAUGAGAAUGUUUUGCGUAGGGGCAACACAGUCUGCUGCUAUAUAGUGGGUGAAGCGUGCACUUAUUUCUUAACAUGGGUUUUUAACUUCAAGAUCUGCCCCAGUACUUUACCAAAGGUAGCAAAAUAAUAGUGAAGAUGGAAUAUGUCUGCUACAAAUGCUUAUUUUUAUUGUUGCUGUUUUCAGUGUGUACAUAAACUAAAAAUUAGGGUUGAUUUUGUUGCUCUCCAUUUUGACUUGCAAGAAAUAAUACCUCAAGAUAAUCUGAUUUAUUAGCUAUUUUUAAACAUUUUUAAUCACAAGCUGUAUUAGCUUUGCUGCUAUAUAGGUGUUAUGUGUAAAUGUCACCUAUUAAUACGGGAUUGAAAACGUUAGAGACAAACUGCAUUGCGGAUAAAAUGCAGGCAGCACAACAUGGCCAAAACUGCCAUAGUUUAGAAUGUGAAACAAUGCAUGUUUACUUACCUGUGUCCACCAUAUGCAUGCACUAGGACUUUAACUAACAAGGUGAGGUAUUGCAAAUGUUCAAAAAGCUCUCUUGAAUCUAGGUAGCAUGAACAGAUUAUAAAAUUUGUUUUUUUACAAAAAAGCAAACUUGCAUGCAUUAUUGUGACUUCAAGUUAAAAUGUUGUCCUACAUGUGUACUAUAUGCAAAUUAGUUUUAGAUUAGAGAGUGCAGCCAUUUUGUGAUCUGGUCAGUAGUGGAAUUCGAUUUUAUGCAGACUGGAUGUUAUAUUUGUAAUCCCUGUGCAAUUUUGUGAUGUGCGGUUCUAAUUCAUGUGCAGUGAUAUAGUAUAGAUAAAAGAUUGAGUAAAAGAAAAACACAGGAAUUUAAAAGAAAGUUGAUUUUAGCCCCUUUGAUAGUUCAUGGUUAAGACAUCCUUUAAAACCAAAGAUGGCCAGCACACUGCUAACCAGUCACCGAAUGUGAGACCCAUGAAAAGCCCAUACUUUAAAAAAGGGUUUUAUAGAAGAACACAGAACUUUAGUGAAGUCAAAAUGGAGAUGGGAAAAUAUAACAGAUGGCUAGUUGCAUAAAAUUUACCUUUAAAACAAUGGUGAAAUCUGGCUUAAAUUUGCUUACAUGUUUGACCUAUGUAUAUGGGGUCUUCUGUCUAAACUGGGGUCACUGUUGCAUGGAGCAUUGUUAUUCUUAAUGGUUAAGAAUUGCUUUUUUUAAACUUUGAUGAAGGAAUUUCAGUAAUGACUUUGCUUGCAGUUUUUUUUUUUUUUCUUUU